AUGGCUAAUGAUGGGCAAACAUCGAGAGUACCAAUUACAACAAAAACUGCUAUUUCGCGUCAAUAUCAAAUUACGACUGAUGGUCGAAUAUUCGAGCAUAGUCAAGGUAACGAUUCUCAUAAUCAUGAGACUUCCAACCUAGAAAACACUUCCCGAUCGAAAUUACCAUCUUUACCUUCGAAGUCGCAUAUUUCUCCGUUUGCAUCUGAAUCGAUGCAACUCCUAAAAUCUCGUAAAAAUAUCAAAGACACUUUAACUAAAUCAUCGUCAUUUAGAAUCGAACGACAAUCGACAAAUGUCGUAUCGAAAAGGCGUUUACCAACUCUACAUUCGAAUCCACCUGAUCCUGAACAGAAACUACAAUCUGAAUAUCAAAGAAGACAAAUAUACGCAUUGAAUUGUCUUAUGCGACAAUUAGAACAACAAAAAUUUCGAGAAUAUUUCAAAUUAGAUGAAAACUUUGGUCUCAAUUCUCCAGAAAUAAUUCCUGAUAACGAAGAUGCACAACCUUCCACAUAG